AUGUCUGGUUGGGGUCACGACCAAAAUUACGGCGGAGGAUACGGCGGAGGGGGAGGAGGAGGAUAUAACCAACCUCCUCCUCAUCAAGGAUAUAAUCAACCUCCUCAAGGAUACAACCAACCCCCUCAAGGGUAUAAUCAAUAUGGUCCGCCUUCUGGUCCUCCGGGUCAUAAUCAAUAUGGGGCUCCUCCCGGUCCGCCUCCCCAGCAACAUGGCUAUAACCAAUAUGCCCCUCCGUCUGGACCUCCACCUCCUCAGCAGCACGGGUAUAAUCAGCCGCCGUCUUCGUACGGCCAAGGAUCUAACCGCUAUCCGCCGCCUUCCUACCCCCCACCACACGGUUUAGAUCCAUAUGGAUAUCCCAUUCACUCCGGUGGCCCUCCCGUUCAAGGUUACGGAGGCCAGCACCGAGCCGGCCCUCCUCCGCCAAGUGCUCCACAGCAAUUCGGUCACGGCGCACCCGAUGGUUAUACUUUCCAGUAUUCCAAUUGUACCGGUAAACGUAAGGCAUUGUUGAUCGGUAUCAACUAUUUCGGCCAGAAGGGUGAACUACGUGGUUGCAUCAACGAUACCAAGAACGUCUCCCAGUUUCUGAUCGAGCGCUACAACUUUAAGAGAGAGGAUAUGAUAAUCUUAACUGACGACCAACAUGACCCCAUCAUGGUGCCGACCAAGACGAACAUACUUCGAGCUAUGGAAUGGCUUGUUUCUGGUGCUCGUCCUAAUGAUGCAUUAUUCUUACAUUACUCAGGUCAUGGUGGACAGACAAAAGACGAAGAUGGAGACGAGGAAGACGGUUAUGACGAGGUUAUCUACCCUGUCGACUACGAAACUGCCGGCCACAUUGUUGAUGAUCAGCUUCAUCAUGUAGUCGUUAAGCCUCUACAGGCUGGUGUGAGGUUGACAGCAAUCUUUGACUCGUGUCAUUCCGGUUCGGUUCUAGAUUUACCAUACAUCUACUCGACUAAAGGUGUUCUAAAGGAACCCAAUCUUGCAGCUGAAGCUGGACAAGGGCUACUAAAGGCGUUUUCUUCCUAUGCUUCAGGUGAUGCAGCAGGAGCUGCAAGCGCCAUCUUUGGUUUUGCUAAGACUGCGUUCAGAGGAGAUGACGGGUAUAAAAAGACCAUCGAAACCAAGACCUCGCCCGCAGACGUCAUCAUGUGGUCCGGAAGUAAGGAUGAUCAGACAUCUGCGGACGCGACUAUUGCAUCCCAAGCAACCGGAGCGAUGUCUUAUGCUUUUAUCACAGCUCUUAAGCAGGACCCUAAACAGAGCUACGUGGAACUACUCAACAGCAUCCGUGACGUGCUGGAAACCAAGUAUUCCCAAAAGCCACAGUUGUCUUGCAGCCACCCUCUCGAUACCAGCAUUUUGUUCGUUAUGUGA